AAAAGGUCGCAAAGUUCAAGGGGGCCGAAUACUUUCGCAAGGCACUGUACUAAACAGCUCACUCACUUUCUCCUACUGUAUGGAAAUUACUGAAUUCAGUUAACUUUUUUACAGUAGGCUAUUUUUUGUUGUUGUACAUGUUUAACUUUCAGUGAGGAAAUGCCCUUUUUUCUUAAACUUCUGUGUGAAAUAUGUAUUAUGUAUAACAAAUGUUACAUUAUUUUAUACUAGAAUGAAAACGUGUAAUGGGUAAACUCUCACUGUAUUGCUAGUAUAUUUAGAGACCAGAUAUUUGAUACUUGGACAUCACUGCAGCUAUAUUUGAAUGGCAGCUUGGUAAUACAAUUAGUCUUGAAGUAAAAAUCUAUGAAUUUCAUGGUCAAGCCAAGUUCCACAGAAUGGAAAGAGACACAUGCUCACGCCCCCUGUUGGAGAAACUGUACAAAGGAACAUCAGGUCAUUAAAUCAAUGUUUUCCGCAAAGUUAUACAACUUUAGAAUAUUCAGUCACUCUUAAACAACAGACACCUUUCUGAACACGUGUUAUGUUAAUCAAAACUUACUGUUAAUAAAGAUAGCUAGCAUUUUAUAUUGAUACAAUGUUGCACUGUACAUUUCCCUGCACCCCCAGUAGGCUAGUAGUUCUGUUGCACUUCUUCAGCCAUAACACUUAUCACGUGCUUGUCUUUGCUCACCUUUUCUCCCAGUGUGGUAUAGUGUAAAAUACAAGUCACGAUAACUUAAAAUGAUCACCAGGCGUUUGUCUCCAUGUAGGUACCAUGGUUAUACACGAGGAGCCGGACUGACCAGUUCAAAGAUUGAUAUUAGGCUACACUGUUAGAAAAUUUCAACACCAUCGUGAAAAAUAAAAUAAGGACUAUUAUAAGCAUGAACAACAAUGAUUUCAGAAUGGAAAAAUGUCCUCCCAUUAAAAAUAUCCACUUUCAUAUUAACAAUAACUUAGGCUACUCUCGCAAACAGUUUUGGCCACACCUAGAUCCUGUCCUAUUUUCAUAAAAAAAGAGGGGCCUUUUCUUGUGCAUUUGUUGUGUGCCGGUGAGUACCCGGCUGUGUAACUUGAUAGGGGGCUUCGAGAGGGAAUAAGGGAAUGUGGGGCUGCAAUGGAGCAGAAUGCAAUACAGUGGUUAGGUGCUCCCUCCUGCCUGCGUGGAUCCUUUGCCUUCUAUAAGUCAGUGAGCUGUGAGGCCUUGGCCGGGGCCCCUGCACUGGUCUGGAAACUGGGGGAGUUCUACUAUGUCCGCUGUGGCCCCCAAGAACCUGUGUGCAUUGCUGAGGUGACUUUACUGUGGGAGGACCUGGCCCAACGCCAUCUACUGGCCAGCUCCAGACUCUACUUCCUCCCUGAGGAUACUCCCAAGGGCAGGACCAGAGAGCAUGGAGAGGAUGAGGUGUUGGCCGUCUCGAAGAAGAUAGUGGUGCGGGUGGAGGAUCUGGUGAGAUGGACCUGUCCUGAACCUCCAGGAUGGAAAGGAGGAAGCCAGAAGUCCAGUGAGACCAACAGUCAUCACAAACAUACCCCCAUCAUUACCAAUGGACCCCCAGCAUCAAUCGAAGAGAAGGGUGAGCGUCUGGGGGUCAAGGUGCUCAGUUACCCCCAGUACUGCCGCUUCCGCUCCCUCCAGAGACGCAUUCAGGACGGGGUGGUGUUGGGGCUGCAGGAUCCCCAUCUGCUGGCCCUGGGGGGGAUCAGGGUGGCCCAACACAACACCCAGGUCCUCUACUGCAGGGACACCUUCAACCACCCCACCCUGGAUAGCAAUACCAGUAUCUGGACACAACUGGGAUGCACCUCCCUCAGCUUGAAGGGGCGACCCCUCAAGAGAAGAGGAAGGCCAGAAGGCCAGAAAGCUGUGGAGCCACCAGCCCUCAACCAAUCAGAGUCCUGGAUAGAAAGAAUAACGGAAAAUGUGGUGGGCAGUGUGGAGAUGCAACGUGAGGAGGGCUGUCUCCCCCACCCUGAGGAGCAGAUGUUCCUGGAUCAACUCUACUGCUACAUGGAGCGCUGCGGCUCACCCAUCAGCAAGGUGCCCAACCUCGGUUUCAAGAAGAUUGACUUGUUUGUCAUGUACUCUAUAGUCAAACAGUUGGGGGGCCAUGAGAGGGUGACAUCCCAGCGUCUGUGGAAGAAAGUGUAUAAUGAACUAGGAGGAUGCCCGGGCAGCACCAGUGCUGCCACCUGCACCAGGAGGCACUAUGAGAGGCUGAUUCUUCCUUACGAGGAGCACAGAAAUGGAGGUGGUGCAGAACUAAAACUCCCAGCAUUCUCUGGGCAUACCCGAGUUAGGGCGAUGAGUGGGAGGAGACCGCUGGUGAAGGGGAGAGGAGCAGAGGCCAACCAGGAGAAGACUGUAACCCCUACCCCUCCAACCAUUUCUCCAGACGGUGUGGUGGUAGUGAAGAGAGGCCGUGGUAGACCUCCAGGCAAAAAGAACCAGGUCAAACUCCUAGUCUCCAAGGCCAGUCCAGUGGUCCUGUCUCCCCCAGCUAAACCUAGCCUGGACCUCGGGGCCCAGCCCCCUCUCCAGGCCCCCUCUCUCGAGUCCCUGUCUGUGUUCCAGGGGCUAAACCUGGCCAACCUGCCACCAACCCCAGACCUGUCUCCCAUCUCUGCCCCCUUCCUCCUGCCCAAAACUCAAAGGGAGGUAAAGAUGGAGAACGGGGAUUCUCCAGCACCAUCACCCACUCUGUCUCCUGCCACUUUCUUGCCUGCUCUCCCCAGGCUCCACACAGGGGGGUCCUUCGAAGGGUUCAGCCCCACUAAAGGCCUCUGUACCCUUGAUCUCUUUAGGAGCCGACUGGGCCUCACUAGCUUGGACACCCCUGGUCUAACCCCCCAGAACCCUGCCUCCCACCAGCCCUCCAGCCUUUACCUCCAGGCCAAGACAGGGAACCCAAACACCACCCUUCUCAAUGGGAACCAGCCCCACCCACAGUCUCACCAUCCGUCCCACCACCAGUGCUGGGGGUGCAGGCUGGAUGAGGAAGCCCAGAGGGGGGGUAGCAGCAGCACCAGGGAGGUCCGUAGCAGCAGGCCUCCCCUGCCCCCUCUCCGGGUCCUCCCCCUGGAUCUGGACUGCAGCCUGCAGGUGCGCCAGCUGAUGCGUACGCCUUUGGGCUCAGCCCAGCUCUACUCUAUCACCAAGCGGCUGUCGGAGGUCUUAGCCCAGGACCUGAGUAGCAAGCCACAUCUGUCUGUCACCCCUCCCCCAGAGCAGGCCCUGCCCCUCAACCUCAGCAAGUGCUCCACCACCAAAAGAUCUGCCUUUGAUGAAACUGACUACAGGAUGUCUUCAGGGGAUCAGGAUAAUGGUGACUCCACACUCCCCUUAGCUAAAAGUCGUAGAGUGGAGUCGUGUGAUGAGGCUGAGGACUUGAGCUCACCCAGCAGGGCCAGAGCUUUCCUCCUGGAGCUGCCGCAGCAGACCACUACCAGCCCAGACACCUCUACUACACCUACCCAGUUUUUCCUCCCCAAGUCUGGGGAGGCCUAGGGAGACACCCCCCUGGAGAACCAGGGCAGGAAUUCUGACUCUGAGCCAGCAAUCCAGGUGAAGGUGGAAGAGGACCUGAGGGAGAGUAGCUUGGUGGAGCCUGAGGGAGACUGCUCUGUAAGGACAAAGCAGGCGAAAGUGGAAGAGGGAGAAACUGUAAAGAUGGAUAGGGGAGAAGAGAAGAUUGACGAGGUUGAAACCGUUAUCAUUGAGGAUGGUGUACAAACGCAAUCAGAGAAAGAUGAGAUGGAGGGGAGGAAACUAGAGAGGAUAGACAAACAGUGUAAUACUAUAAAGAUGGCCGGCGGCAUAUCAGAGAUUAUGAAGGGGACUGAGGAUUCCUUAGCCCACUCUGCCAGUGACUCUGGGGGCCAGCAGGUGCCAAUGGAUGAUGAGGAGAUGGAAUGUGAUGUUGAGGCAUCUAUCAAAGGGCUGCCCAGUCCUAUCCUACCCCCCAACCCAGGCCCAGCCAAGCUGCCUGAACACCUGCACACAACCUCAACUGCACAUAACAUACUCAUGACCAACACCAACAAUCACUACACCACUCUACCUUAUGGGAGGAUACUCUCAAACACACAAUCAAAGAUGAAUCCUAUAAACUCUGUAACGACUCACACACAGACUUUGAAACACUGCCAUUGCCUUUAGAUGACACCAUUAUAUUGUUCUGUAUAGUACUAUGCAUCAUACAACUUUCGUGCUUCCAACUUUAUUACACAAAAAUUAGAGUGCAGAGGUUUUUACAACAAUCCACCAAUUUCCUGAAAAGGAUUGGAUAAAAGAUGUGCCUUAAAGCUGUUGUGCUCUGAUUUCUAGUCAUUCACACAGUACAACAGCCAGGGAUGUAUUCAUUGCCAAAUGGGAAGGGACCCAUCUGAAUUUGUACAAUAGAAACUAGUUGUCAUUGCAAACCAUUUUUCCAUUGUGAAAUGCUUUGCUACAAUGUGCACUAAUGAAUACACCCCAUGAAACAGUGUUUGAGUCCUACAUGUACUUCCUGUUUGCAAGUCUUUAACACUGACAGGAUUUGCACACCUACUGUACUUGUUCCUUUAAAAAAAAAAAUGAUGAGGCAGUCAUUUAUGAAUAUUUCCUCUGAUGCCAAUUUUGAGGUAUUUUAAUGUUUGUCUAGUUUAGAGAAACAAUGCUGACACCACUUGAUGUUUUUAGUCCUUGGUGCCUUGAUCAGAGUUUUUAUUUUAUUUUUUAUUUUACCUUUAUUUAACCAGGUAGGCAAGUUGAGAACAGGUUCUCAUUUACAAUUGCGACCUGGCCUGGCUAGUUUGACCCCAGUAAGUCUGUCAGACAGUUGGUAUGUUGUGUAUGGAUCUGGGGUGUACUCUGAUCUGAUUUAGAGUAGCAGGGGAAUUCUAUUGACUACAAGAACCAAAGGCCUUUCAUAACUCGUUCAAUAGAGAGAGUGCAAGUUUUCGGUUGUGCUUUAUAGAUUUUUCAAAAUUAUUUUAAAGAUAUAUCCCUGUUUGAUAUAUCUGGAUCAAAAAUUGGAGCUAUUUGUGGUUCAUCCUGUUAGUGUUGAGUGUCUAUCCUCAUUGCAGCCUGAUGUAUUUCUUUAUGUAUAAAACGGGCAGCGUACCUUUGGUGAAAGGGCCACAUUGGGUGAGUGGGCAAAAUGUUCUAGUUGAGCUACACAUCAUUUUGGUGUGAUAAGUUCCUCAUCGAGUUGAAUAGGGUUUAGGUAUUUAGUUAAAUUAUUGUUUGUGUAGCUUUUUGAUGUUAUUUUGAUCAUUUAGAGUUUAAGAUCAAAUGUUUACAUUCAAUAAUGCAACUAAUAAUAUUGAGUUGAUUUUGUAUCUUUAGUGCUUUGCAGAUGGUCAGACUGGUACUGUAUUAGACUUGGUUCACAGUAUACCUACUUCUGGAAUGAGAACAAGAGUCUAUCGUCAUUCAACUAUGGUGGACUUAAAGAGAAUCUCUGCUACUUUUUUAUACUUUUUAGCCAGUAGUUCUGAAAGUAGCACUUAUGAGCCAAAAGUAGUCCCGGAAGAUUGCGUACUACGUUACAUUUGCAGAUAUGUGCGACUCUUCAUUGCUCACACCCACUCUCUCUCUAUUAAUCUCACUCACUGAGCUGUUGGGCCCACCCUGCAACCUCAUUGGAGAACACUGGGCAGGCCUAUUGCUAGCUGUCACAUUGCUAACGGGCUGGCCCACUAGAGAUUUUGUGGCUAAUUGAGGUAAAACAGUAAUUCUGCUCAUAAAUUAUGCAUGUAUGAACUACACAUUGACACAUCCAUCCCAAAGCGGGACGAUUACAAAAUAAUUUCUUAGUUGCCAAAGUACCAGAGAAUGUCUUUAAACUAUUCUUAGAAAAAUAAGAAAUAGCAUAUGGAAUUGAUUUCCAGUUGACUCGGAUCUACUGUCUCUUAUACCCCCCCCCUUUAUUACUUGAACAACUGCUACAGAGUUAAUGUCAUGUAGUUAUAUCUCUAUUUAAACCUGUGUAUCAGUUGAGCUCAUCUUGCUCAUGGCAGACAUCUGUCUCUGGUAUUCCUUUCACUGUAUGUGAGAGUAAGACCAGUGCACAUCUUGACUCCUGUACUCUGACAAUUGAUAAUAUGGUCAUUUCAACCAUUUUUGUUUUAACACUGUAUAUUUAUGUUAAAGAUGUAUCUGUUAACAGGUGGGGGUUGCAGAUUUUUGUAUGAGUGUAUAUGUUUUUUAGGGGUGUUUUUAUUUUAUUUCAGACACCGAUUAAGUCUAAUCCUGUACUAAAAUCUGUUUCUUGGAGAUUUUCCAUUGAUCUUGUGUUUUAGUCCAGGACUAGGUUUAAUCUAUCUGGGAACCACCCCUACUGUAUGAAAAUGUGUCAGUCUCUUUCACGAGGCAUGAUGUAUAUAGACCUGCAGUUUCCUAAAAUGACUACUAGAUGGAGACAACACCAGCACUGUCCUAUGACAGGCCUGGCGAGGCAUUCUACAGCCCUAAAGGGGAGGAAGGAUACUCUACGCUAGCCUACAGAAGAAGUAAGGGCUGAGUUUGCUUCAGAGCUAAACAGAUCAGUGCAGAUACAUUCCAUCAUUUAACAGCCCAGAGAUCUUGAAUAGAUAUGAGCUUCAGUGGGCCAUGCACUUGGGCAUGUGUCAAAAUGCCGACCUUCAGCUAUAAUUUGACAAAGUGUAAUGGUAACUGCUAGGCCUACAUGUGUCAGGAAUCACAAACCAUUUACUGAGACCUUCCAGAAAAAUGGAUGUGUGUUUGGGGGACAAGCCAAUCUUAUUAAACAUAUCAAAUGUGCUUUCAGCAGCCUAGUCUUGCUUUAUUGUAUUGUAUUCAUCCACCCCUGUGAAUUAAUUCAAUAUCCCACAAGCACACCCAUACCUUUACAUAUCAAACACACUGGUUUCUUUUUGAUGGAAGCAGCUCCUGUAUUCAAUGCUUUAGCCAAGCCUGACAUUUAGUUAAACAAAAGAGGAAAUGAACACAUUCCAGAAGCCACCAGAACAUUGCUUUGUUGUGCUGGUCGCCGCUCAGUGAAGAGGUAACGGGUUCAGGUCAGGGCAGAGAUGUGUUAUUGUCUGUUUAGCCAUGUCAUGGACUGGGGUCACAUUUUGUCUUUCUUUCUGUGACCGGGAUUGCAUGCAGAGAGCCUGGUUGACCUGCAUUUUUGGACACGUUUUUGUAGAGUACUGAAAUUCCUGUCAUUCAGCUGCUAUCGGUGGUCUGAUUCUGUUUUCCAACUUAAAAAGCUCUCCAUGGGUCCAGGCUUCACUGGUCUGGUAUGUGGAUAGUAUUUUUUUUUCUGCACAACAAGAAGUUAACCCUUUGGGAGUCAUACAUCUUUUUUCUGUAAGUCUGGCCGCCUUGUCUCGGAGUGAGACACUCAAACAGCACGUAUUUCCUCAAACACUUGACCAUGGUUGUAUUGACUAAAGUAAACACUAAAUGCUUUAUUAUGUGCGUUAAGAGGUAGUGUGAGAUUUACAUGUUAACUCUUGCACCUUGAACCCACUUAAGAUCAGAGCCCCUUGCCUCCCUCUAAAAAGAGUGUUUCAAAUGAACUCACAAAAAGUUAGCCUUUUAUCCUCUCCUUUUGAUGAUAGUCUUUGUUCAUUAUGUGGAAAAUAAAGCAGAGAAGAAUGAAUGUCUCACCAAAAUGAA